CGGUGGGCGGGGCGUGCUCUGGCGGAGCGCUAAGGGCAGGGAGCGCAGUGGGGGGGGGCCCAGCAGCUACUGCAGCUUCGGGAGCGGCUCCAGCCAUGGCCUCGCUCGUGAAGAAAAUAAUCAGCACCACUAAGGCCCCUGCACUGGGUCCCUACAGCCAAGCCGUGCUGGUGGACCGGACAAUGUACAUAGCAGGGCAGAUAGGGCUGGAACCUUCCACUGGGCAGCUUGUCUCUGGAGGGGCAAAGGAGGAAGCCAAGCAGGCUCUAAAAAACAUGGGAGAAAUCCUGAAAGCUGCAGGCUGUGACUAUGGCAAUGUUGUGAAGACUACAGUUUUGAUGGCAGACAUGAAGGACUACAAUGACAUUAAUGAUGUUUACAAACAAUUUUUCAAGGCAAACUUCCCAGCCAGAGCAGCCUAUCAAGUUGCUGCUUUGCCCAGAGGGGCCAGAGUUGAGAUUGAAGCUAUUGCCAUUCAAGGACCUCUCCAAGAUGCUUCAGCAUGACUAUAAGUAGAGACUGGAUAUCUUACAAUGGCAGUUUGAGAUUUAGUUAAUACUUCUCCCUUAUAUCUGAUUCCUACAGCUGACUAACAGCAGUUACACACAGUUGAAAUCAGUAAACUUACUGAGGAAAGGUGCUUUCUUCAGGACUUACA